CCAACGGAAUAUGAGCAGAACCCCUCUCUCUGGUUCGGUUAAUGUGCUCAUAACUCCAAAUCUUAAUUGAAGGAGGCGAUAAAAAAUAAAAGUAAACAAAACGACCCGGCCAAGUGUCAUACGAAAUCAAUUUAUGCCUAUCAACAUUUUCCCGCUGAUACUGUCAAACUAAUGCCAUUCUUCCAGUAAUCUAUUCGACUGACCUCGGACAAGAUCUUGCGCCGUACUAGCACUUUUUUUAAACUAUAUUUAGUUAAUUCCUAAAGCCUAGUUGCAGUGCAACAUGUUCGGUUGGAUUCGACGACCUUGAUCCGAUCCAGUAACACCUUAAGCGAUUAGAUUAUCCGCGAUCCUCUCGAGCGGUCAUUCCAACGAUAAGUGAAUGCUCCGAUUCCCUGUGCACUUAAUAAGAGUUGGGCCGUCGCCAGUUCAAUUCACUGGUUUGUUGACCGGCUCAAUGCUCGGUUGUCUCGCUAAAAAUCGAAACGAAACGUCACUCGGGUAUUUUAAAUCGUAAACAAUCACCAGACGCCGUCCAAUGGCCGAUAACGCAGUACAAAGGCAACCAAAUGGCUUGGGCAUGAAGCAGCAGGCUCUGGAGCUGCAUUUUAGCCAGGUUAGCUACAGCCUAAGUGGAUCCACGAAGGGUCCCGGCCAAAUACUGAACGAGGCUACCGGAGUCUUCAAAUCGGGACGACUGACGGCCAUUUUGGGGCCCUCGGGAGCCGGCAAGUCCACGCUGCUCAAUGCUCUCGCAGGUUUCAAACUUCGAGGUGUUUCGGGACAGAUCCUCCUAAAUGGCCGUCCCCGGGAUAUGUCGACAUUCCGUAAAAUGUCCGCCUAUAUUGCCCAGGACUUUGUGAUGCUAAACCUACUGACUGUCGAGGAGACCCUGCGUAUCUCCGUUAACUUGAAGAUGCUCAGCUCCACACCAUCUCAGGAAAAGCGUAGAAUUAUAGAUGAAAUUCUGGACAUUCUGCAGCUACAGUCCUGUCGUCGGACUUUGGUAAAGAAUUUAUCCGGUGGCGAGCACAAGCGGCUUUCCAUUGGCAUUGAGCUGGUGACGAAUCCACCCAUUAUGUUCUUCGAUGAGCCAACGAGCGGACUGGACUGCGUGGCCAGUUACCAGGUGAUUUGCCACCUGCAGCGACUGGCCCACGAUGGCAGGAUAGUGGUUUGUGUGGUUCACCAGCCGGGAUCACGACUCUUUCAAUUGUUCGACGAUGUGGUGGUCCUUGCCCACGGCGAAGUCCUUUAUGCCGGCGAGCAGCGGGAAAUGCUGAACACCUUUGCCAGUUCCGGCUACAUCUGUCCACAGUACUACAAUCCAGCAGAUUUUGCCCUCGAAGUGUGCAGCCAGUCCUCCACCGUUGAGCGUUGUGAAUCGCUUAUUACUCAAAAUAAGGAGUACCACUGCAACACCAGCAACGUUGUGAAGCUCCAAGUGGAUGAGGAGACAGCGCUUAUCAGUGUCCACCGGGAGUCCUGUGAUUUUGCUCACCUGCGCGGCAAGGAGCAGGUGGGCUUCUGGGUCCAGCUGCGCGUGCUCCUCCAUCGACACUUGAGGUCCAUGUCGAGGGAUUUGUUUGCCGUCCAGAUGCGUCUACUCAUGCACGUGGUGGUGGCCCUACUGCUGGGCGUAGUCUACUGGCAGAUAGGAGCCGACGCCGAGAAGAUCGUGUCCAAUGUGUCUUGCCUGUUCUUUGUGAUCCUGUUCGUGUUCGCCGGCAAUGCAAUGCCCUCGAUCCUGCUCUGCAUGCAGGACUCGGCUGUGUUCCUCAGGGAGUACUACAACGGUUGGUACUCCCUGAGGGCCUACUAUCUGUCCAAGGUGCUGGCCGAUCUGCCCCUGCAGCUCACUUGCCCCACGAUGUUCAUCAGCAUCGGAUAUUUUAUGACCGGUCAACCUUCGGAGCUGCAUCGCUUCGCCAUGUGCUGGGUCAUCUGUGUGCUAACGGCGUUUAUUGGCCAUUUUAUUGGGGUUAUUGCCGGAUCUCUGUUCUCCAUGCAGCUGGCGAUAUUCCUGGUGCCGAGUGCCACGAUACCAUUUCUGCUUUUCUCCGGGUUUUUCAUCCGUUUAAACGAACUCUCCUGGUUCUUGCGACCCAUCUGCGAUGUGUCAUUUUUCCGCUACGUCUUCGAGGGCCUUCUAAGGGCCAUCUACGGCUAUGAUCGCGGGGAGCUGGAGUGCUAUGCUGCUAUGAAUUAUUGCUACUACAAGACGGGCGAGCAGUUCCUCAAGGACUUUCACAUGGAGGGCGACGCAUUCGGAUGGGAUCUGGCCGCCCUGGGAAUGUUCAUGAUGCUUUUACUCCUCGCUUUCUUCUUAACCCUCACUUUAGUCAUUCGUCGGGCGCUUAGGUAAUAUUAGCAGUUGAUUUAGCAGGGUUUUAAAAUAGUUUAAUGAAGAUUAAAUAAUGAAACCUAUUUUCGGUAGGGUUGCAAGGUCGUAACAUAAAAAUAAAUUGUUGAAAAAUUGAAAUAUUUAAAUAAAAUGUACAUUUAUUUUAGAAUUUAAGGAUCAUCUUGCAGAUAAUAAAAAGUAACAUGGACAAGUUUUCCAAAUUA